AUGAAGUUCAUUGGAUUGAUAUCAGGAGGGAAAGAUUCAUUUUUCAAUAUCUAUCAUUGUUUAUCACAAGGUCAUGAACUAGUAGCAUUAGGGAAUUUAUAUCCUGAAGAAUCGGAUGAAAUUGAUUCAUUUAUGUUCCAAACAGUUGGACAUGAUGUAAUUGAAUAUUAUAGUCAAUGUUUAGAUGUUCCUUUAUAUCGACAACCUAUCAAAGGUAAAUCAGCAAAUCAAAAUUUAGAAUAUCUGAUUACUAAAAAUGAUGAGAUUGAAGAUUUAUUUCAACUUUUAUCAACAAUUCAAAAAUCUCAUCCUGAUGUAGAAGGUGUUAGUUGUGGAGCCAUAUUAUCUCAUUAUCAACGAACAAGAGUAGAAAAUGUAUGUGAUAGAUUGAAUCUUACAUCAUUGACAUAUUUAUGGCAAAGAAAUCAAUACGAUUUAAUGCAAGAAAUGUGUCAAGCGGAUUUAGAUGCUAGAAUUAUUAAAGUUGCGGCAAUUGGAUUAACUGCACAACAUUUAGGUAAAAGUAUAUCAGAAUUAUUUCCUACUUUAGUGAAAUUAAAUCAAAUGUAUGAAGUCCAUAUUUGUGGAGAAGGUGGUGAAUUUGAAACAAUUGUAUUGGAUUGUCCAUUUUUUAAGUCUAAAAAAUUAGAAAUUGUUAAUCAAGAAGUUGUAGAACAUUCAAGUGAUGUAUUCUAUUUGAAAAUUAAAGUGGAAAUUGUUGAUAAGGAAGAAUCCCAAUUUGAGUCUCUUGAAAGUUUACCAUUGUUGGAGGAUGAUUUUGAAGAUAUGGCAGAAAAUUGCCCUGAACCUGAUGUUUCCCUAACGGGGUUGGAUAUUACUGAUCAGAAAUUGGUUACUCCUGAUGUUAAUGUAGUAUCUACACCAACAACUAUAUACAUUUCCAAUGUCACAUCAUCUAAAUCAACCCUUGAAGAGCAGACAAUUGAUAUUUUUGCUCAAAUCAAUGAUAUACUCAGUCAGUACAAACUUACGUUUAAUGAUAUCCAACAUAUCACAUUAUUAUUAUCAGAUAUGAAAUCCUUUGUUGAUAUAAAUAAAGUUUAUGGUAAAUAUUUCCAAGAUAUUUAUCUUCCGCCUUCUAGAAUAUGUAUUGAAACCAAGAACAAUAUCAAAUCAAUUCAAUUAUCAUGUAUUGUUCUUAAGAAUAUUCAACCAAAAUCAGGUAUUCAUAUUAGAUCCAGAUCAUAUUGGGGACCACAAAACAUUGGCCCUUAUUCUCAAAGUAUAAUCAGUAUUCAAGAUUCAUACAAGACUGCUACAUUAUCAGGACAAAUACAUUUGAUUCCAGCAAAUAUGGAAUUGUCAAAUAUGACAGUUGCUAAAGAUUCUGCAUUAGCAUUACAACAUUUAGUGAGAGUGAAAAAUUUGGUUAAUGUUAAAGAAUUUGCUCUGAUUGUUUGUUUCAUAACUGAUGAUUCAUAUGUCCCAAUAGUUAGUUCAUGUUGGGAAGAUUUGAUAAAUAAGAAUAAUUUAGUAAUUGUAACAGUAUCUGGUUUGCCUAGAGGUGCAAGAGUUGAAUGGGGUGGUUUAAGUUAUGAAGAUAUUGUUGACAUGUAUGAUGAUGAUAGUGAUAGUGAUGAAGAAAGUCACUCUGAAUCUCAAACUCAACUGUUUGAUGAAUUUGAAGAGUCUUAUGUUUGCAAAAUUGGAAAAGGCUCCUUGAAUGUAGUGACAUUAUUCACAUCAAAUCAAGAAUUAGUCAAGCUGAUAGAAUCAUUUAAAAGUUACCGUCAAUUAAUCUGUAAUCCAUCAAAUUUCAUAAAUAUCAAAUCUGAUUACUUACCAGUUAAUACGGUUUACAAUUUCAAGGGUAAACAGUACAAAUAUGCAAUAAUCUUAAAAACUGAAUCUAAGUAG